AUGUCUCUGACAGCGCUGUGGACCUCGUUUCUCAAAUCAAUUGCGUCAUUCAAUGGCGACUUGUCGUCGUUGACGGCCCCACCAUUCAUUCUAUCCCCAACGUCAUUGGUAGAGUACUCUCAAUACUGGGGAGAACAUCCGGACUUGCUUUUGGAGCCGGUGUUGAUGAAUAAAAACAAGUCCAGUGCUGCGCUGCUUGCGUUGUCGGAGCGCCGUAUGAUUGCCGUCACCCGGUGGUUCAUUUCCACGUUGCGUUCUCAGUAUUGCUCGAGAAACGAGAGCAUGGGCACGGAGAAAAAGCCGUUGAAUCCAUUUUUGGGAGAGGUUUUUGUGGGAAAAUGGCCCGAUUCAAGCGCUGACGGCGCUCUCGGUGAAACCACUCUUAUCAGUGAGCAGGUCUCGCACCAUCCUCCUGUGACCGCAUAUGCCAUCGAAAACAAGAAAAACAAUGUGCUUUUGCAGGGUUACAACGGUGUAAAGGCUACAAUCAGUACUACCAUGAUCAGUGUAAAGCAGUAUGGCCAUGCAGUGUUGCAAUUCAAGGACUUGAAUGAGACAUACCUCAUCACGCUUCCUCCAUUGCAUAUCGAGGGACUUAUUACCGCCUCUCCUUUCGUGGAAUUGGAGGGAACAUCAUACAUUCAAAGCUCGCUGGGUUAUCUAGCCGUUAUCGACUAUUCUGGCCGUGGAUACUUCAGCGGUAAGAAGAACACAUUCAAGGCUAGAAUUUACCCAGACAAGUUGGCCAGCGGCACAAAGGAAAAGGCCAUUGCCACCAUCAGCGGCCAAUGGUCAGGUAAGUCGUACAUUGAGAAGGGAGCCACUACUCCAUCUAGUUCAAGCAGCGAAUUGUUCUACGAUGCUGCCAAAAAAUCGCCAGAACUGCUUGUGGUCAAGCCAAUUGAAGAGCAAAAUGAGCUCGAGUCGCGCAAGGCAUGGCAGAAGGUUGCAGAUGCUGUCCGCAAGGGUGACUAUGACUCGAUCCACGAGGAGAAGACUCAGCUCGAGAAUACCCAGAGAGCCAUGAGAAAGAGCGAGCAGGAAACAGGCGAUCUGUGGACCGUUCGCUGGUUCGAUGAGAAGGACCUCCUGGGUGCCAGCCCAGGUGAUGAUCCGCUCGUCAGCUUGGCUAGUUUGGCCAAUUUGAGUAUUGAGAAUGUUCCUCUGGGCUCUAGAAGUGGUUCCAAACACGAGAAGGGCCAGGCGCUCCACUGGAGAUUCAACGAAGGCAAAUGGAACGAUGAGAAGGAAAUUUUGAUUUAA